AUAAAUACAAUAAAUAUAAACAAAGAUGAAGAACAUAAAUUAAAAAAUUUGUGCCAUUAUGAAACACAUUUCAUCAUUGAUGAAGCAUUAUAUUCAAGGAAUUAAUAAAUUUAAAUAUUUUCCAUCGUAUCAAAUUUUUUAUAAUAACUAAUAACACAAUAAUCAUGAAAAUAGAUUUUUGUCCAACUAAAAUUGGUGAUCCAUCAUACUCUAAUAGCCAUUAUAUGAAGGAGAAAUCAAUAAAAGCUCGUGAUUUACAGGAAUUUCCUGAAAAAAAAAAAUAAAUAACAAAUGCAUCAGUAUUGUUUCGAUAAGAAGGUGGACGCUUCCUGAUCGUACAGUCAGCUGCAAAUCUACGUUCAUAUAUGACUGUUUGGACAAACGGCAUUAAUUCUUGCUUUAUCACGGCCGAUGGGAAACUCUGUUUUCCCUGUUAUUUAUACGGUUGCUCGGAAACGUUCGACCAUUUAUCGGCCCACUGAGAAUGAUCGUGCAUCGCAAUUCCUCUUCAAAGUUUAACUGGAUCCUCAUUAAAGAAUAGUUAAAAAAAUUCCGAAGUGCGGGCUUUGUGUUACCAGAAUGGUCGAGAUUUGAUCCUGCAUACUUGUACUUCAAUGGUCACUUUAUCAGUUAUAAAAUUUUACAGAAAGUCUUCUUAAAACUACUUUGACUUAUUUAAAAAAUAAUGAUUAGAGAUAUCAUGAAUGUUUCCGUGGUACGAUCUGUUAAUAAAAAAUGAUGAAAUCCAUCCGAAAAGAAUUGGCGCGUUACCCGGCGAAAAGGGUUCUCCCAUUAACGAAGCCGCGGUUGAAACCGUUCGACGUUGAAACCACUUUCGCGGAAGUAACUCUGGCGAGAAAAGAGCACACGAGAAAAUACCACGGCCCCGACUCGCUCUUGUAUUCGGCUAUUUAUCCCGUUGUGUGCGUAAUGAAAGUGUUCGGUUUGGCGCCCUACGAUUUCACGGGUGACGAGAUAACACCCUCGAACGCAUGCCUCAUAUUCUCGUUCGUGUUCAUUGGUAUUUAUUGCCACAUCAUAUACAUAGUGUACAAAAGAUUCCUCAACGUGAGGAGGGACAAAGCGAUUCUCAGCGUGGUGGAGACGACCAAGGUAACCGUCAAUUACCUCGUGGCUAUGCACGAUCUAAUUUUCACGAUAUUCACGAGGAAAACGUUCAGCCGUAUUUGGAACGCCCAGCAAGAUUUCGACGAGAGGCUCAGCCAAUUAGGCUAUCCACGAAAAGAGACAAAGAUCAAGAUCGCGGCUUGGAUACUUUUGGCGAGUCAGAUAGUUAUUUGGACGGCUGUUAAUCAGAGCGGGAUGUUUGCUUUCGAAGAGACGUGGACGUUUAACGUGAGCUACAUGUGUACUUAUAUCGGCACCGCGACAGCUGUGUACAAAUUUUUCGGAAUGGCAAGCUUUCUCGGCCUCCGCUUCCAUCAGCUCAAUCAAAUCGCCAAAGAGAAUUUACCACCCAGAGUUGGAUAUAAAAGUAGCAACGUCAGCAGGCAGACAAUCCAAGAUUUACACAACGAUUUGAUGCUAUCUAGCGAGACACUAGGCUCUCUUUACUCGUGGUCGCUAUUGUUCUGGCUUGGAAAUUUGAGUAUACACAGCGUCAGCAAUUUGUACUUCAUCAUCGAUUGGGUUAUCUUGACACCCUGGACCAACAUUGCUUGGCCUCUCAUCAUUAACAUGUGGUGUUGGCUGAUCGGAUUUAUAACUCAACUUUUGGCCCUUCAUAUCGCUUGCGAUUAUACGAUAAACGAGGCUAAUUUUAUGGGUGCCAUUCUCAUCGAAUGGGAUGCAAGGACAAUACAAAAAUUUCCAUACAAAGAUAGUUUUCGUACUUCGUUAUACUUAUUAAACAGACGUCUUCGUUUCUCUGCUGGUGGUCUUUUCGAUAUUAAAUUGUCAUUGCUUUGCUCGAUAGCCCAUGUGAUGUCAACGUAUCUGAUAAUUCUUUUACAAUUUCCUUCGAGUUGAACGUUUCAAGAAUCGCGAUAAGAUUGAUUAAAUAUCGCAUCUUGAAGAAAUAUUAUUCAAAAUGUUAUUAGUCGAAUAUUUUUCUCGCACUAUUUGCGUCUAGACGAUCAAGCAUACUUGAAACUACUUUCUGGUACAAUUGGACAAGAGAUGAUUUGUUGAUACUGAUAUUUAUAUUGAUAUGAUAUUUGAAUUGUUGAUAUUUUUUUAGGUUUGUUCAAGAUCAAAUGAAUGACAGUAGGAUCAAACUGUCCUUGUCUCAAGCAUUUUUUUUUUUAUAUUUUUAAUAUUAUUGGAUUAUUUGCAGAAGAAAUUGAAAUAAGAUUCCUAAAAUAAGAUUUUAUUUGAAUUUAUUUUAAAUUAUAAAUCAAUAUUAAUAUAUAUUAAUAUAUCAUAUGCAUGAGAAUUUGUAAUUGUCAAAAGAUUCCUCUUAAAUUUUAAGAGAAUCAAUUUUUUGGGAAAUUUACACUCGGAUUGAAUAGGAAUUUGUUAACUACAGUGAGCAGGUGCGACAAUUUUCUCUUUGUUACGCUUUUAUUCAAUAAAUAAAGGACGUAAUCUAAUACUGGAA